UGGUCAUUCCACGUCCGCCACUGAUCGCAAGAUGACGCUCCCGAAGCUGCCCCCAAAGUGCAUUCUACUCCUGGUGCUGCUGCUCCUGCUGGACUCCAGCCUGGCCAGGUCGCAACAGUUCUUCGUCGCCGAGGAUGUGAUAACAGGAACGCCAACUGGAACGGAAACUGCAGCUGCAAGCAGCACCGUUUUUGGUGAUGAUCAAUUGCCCAUCAACGAUCCAUCGGAUCUAAGUGCUGGUUUAAAUUUGGCGCCCGUUGGCAGUCUGAUUGCGGCAGCAGCGAAUGCCGAACCCCCUGCCCCCGUUCAAUUUAUUCGCACGGCCAUGAACAGCGGGCUCUGACCGCCAGGUGGCGCUAACCUGAAUUCUGAAACACCCCAAAAAUAAUUGUCUGUAAUUUUUAGCCGCCUUUUUGGGCACACGUUUUAAUUACUUUGUUAAGCUGCAUUUUUGUUUUGUUUUUUCUGUUUUUCAUUAAGCUGAACUGCUUUGUUUGAGUUUGUGUCGAGCCAAGUGCUAUAAAUGAUUUUAUAAUACUCGUUUAAUCUGGUUACGACUUUUUCGGAGCGAUAAAAACUGUGCAGUUCGGGACUCAGUUUUCAAAGCCAUUUGUUAUCUAAAUGUGUUAUCAAGGAAAUUUCUGUUACGUUACUAUUUUUCAAUCUAACUUGGCUGCAGCUCUUAAAUGGCGAGCCAUGCUAGCCGGAAUACUUAUUUAUAUAUAAACUUUAAAUGUUAUAAAUUUCAAAAACAAUUUUGUAAUUUUUAAAAUCUUCACUUUGAUUUCAGAAAGAUCACACAAAAAUUAUUAUUAAUAUUAUAUUAUAUUAUGGUUAUUUGUUUAUAUGUCCUUCAUCGAAAUAUUCCAAUUGCAUCCAGAAUGCCAUAGGGAUCGCAAAAUAUGUGGAGUAAUUGGAAGAAAGUAGUUCAAAUGAGCGAUGAACUCACUUCGAUUGCGAUUCUGGUUCUCAUCAUGAUGAUGCCGAUUCACAAACUGGAAAAUUUCUAUACACUACUAACAAUUAUUUAAAACGUAUAAUGCUCCACUCUUUAUCGUUAAAAAUAAAGACACACUCGCUCAAAA